AUGCAUCAGUUGGAUGUCGAUUUCCUUGACGAGCAUAUUGCAACGUUCAUUCUAUCCCUGCAACGCGAAGAUGGCACAGAGUUUGAGCCGACAAGUAUCCGGGCCAUCAUCAGUAGCCUGGACCGGAAGCUGAAAAGACACAAAUACCCUUUUAGCAUUAUGAAUGAGAAAGGGCCACAAUUUUCUCUGACAAGAGAAACCUACAAUGCUAAAAAGAAAAGCCUGAAAAAGCAGGGAAAGGGCAACCGGCCAUGUGAGGCAGACGUACUUACCGACCAUGAAAUAGAUAUAAUGUGGCAGAAGGGUGUCCUAGGUCCCAACAGUCCAAAAGCUCUUGUCCACACCAUGUGGCUAAACAACUGCUUGCAUUUUGGUUUGCGUGGCACGAAGGAACAAUACAGCCUUAGAUGGGGGGAUAUUAAACUGAAAAUAUCUUCUGAUGGGACCGAGUACUUGGAGCUCAAUGAACGUCAAACCAAGACUAGAACUGGAGAAAACUUGAGCGAUGUUAGAAGAGUCACCCCGAAAAUGUUUGCCACCAAUGAAAAUGACCCCAGAAAUCCAGUCGCUUUGUACAAAAUUUAUGCACAGAAACGCCCAGCCAAUUUUUGCGAUGUGAACGACCCAUUCUAUCUCGCUCCAAAUACAAUAAUGAAGCAGGAGUCCGAGUCUGAUCACAAAGAAAGCGUGCAAUGGUUCAUUCGUCAAAAAAUUGGAAUGAAUAAAUUGAGCAAAAUGCUCAGGAUGAUGGCAACUGAAGCCGGGCUACCAGUUGAAAAACGCCUGACCAAUCAUUCAACUCGCAAGCACCUGGUCCAAAAGCUUAGAGAACACAACAUUCCAGCCACUGAAAUUAUGUCUGUCACUGGACACAAGAAUGUACAGUCAAUUUUAAAUUACUCAAAUGUAAGUCAUGAGCAACAGAAAAAAUGUUCCAACAUACUUGCCUCCCAUGGUCAAAAUGCAGAUCCAAUUCAAGGAAGGAAACACUCUGUCACCAGCACGGCCACAUUUUCGUCAACGCAGCCCCCUAGCCAGCCGGAACAACAUCAGACCGAAGCGGAAAUUCUACCCGAAACACAAGUGCAAGUUCCCCACCCACAGCCACAAUACAGCUUUCAGCAGUCACUGUCCAGCUCAUUUAAAUCCCAGUUCUUCGGGGCAACGUUCAACAUCCAGAAUUUUCAUGUACACAAUAACUAA